UGAAAACGCACGGCAAAUAUGAGGAAGUUGACAACGUUGAUUGGUUUCAAACGGAGUUGAGAGUGAGCGAUACUUUGUUUUCGAACAAACUCGAAAUGAAGCCAUGUUUUAUCACGCUGUUUUUAUACUGGGAGCGGUCUCAUCUGCAGCUGUCUCUUGGCUGGGUCGUCUUCUUGGCAUGGUUCCGAGAUUGCUUGCGCCGGUAGGCUCCGAGAACUUUCUGGGGUCUCUCGUUUCGCGAUUUGCUCUGCCCAGCGCUGCUGAAACUCCUAUUUAGUGUCGAUUAUAAAUAGCGACCGUUGUGUGAGUGAGCAGUCUUGUCACUCGAGGUCAGAUCAUGGUUGAGAUGGCGACCCCACAGCAACUCAAAGAAGAUGGCAAUAAAAAGUUCAAGGAUGGUGAUUUUGAUGGAGCCCUUGCCAGCUACACCAAAGCCCUGGAAAUUAGUGCUUCGGAUGACAAGGACAGAUGUGUUUACCUGAAGAAUAGAGCAGCAGUGCAUCUGAAGAAGGAAAACUAUGAGGCUGCUGUCGCAGACUGUUCAGAAGUACUGGAGCAGACGCCAUCGGACCCGAAGGCGCUGUUCCGCCGCUGUCAGGCCCUGGAAGCCCUCGGCCGUGUUCAGGAGGCGUACCGAGACGCGCGUCACCUACACAACGAACAGCCCGACAGUCGUGAGGUGCAGCCGCUGCUCGCCAGGCUGUACGCGGCGGUUCAGAAACAGAUGGAGGACAUGGCCCAGGUAAAAAACAAGGUGCAGAACACAUACAAGUACCUAUUCGACGUCACCAUGGAUAAGCAGAAGCGGGAGGAUUCGGCCAACAACAUGCUGGUGCUGGCCAAAGAGCGUGCAGGUGCCGAAGCCCUGAUGGCUGAGGGCGUCCAUCUGAAGAUCAUGCAGCUGCUUAAGUCGGAGACUAACCACGAGGUGGAGCUGUCCUGUAUCCGCGCACUGGGACAGCUGUGUCUGAACAGUGAUACACGGAGCCGGCAGGUGCUGCGGGACCUGGGCGUGCCGUGGCUGGUCGAGCUGCUCAACAGUAACGAUGGGGACCGCGUCAACUCUGCCCAGUACCUACUGCAGGUCAUUCUCAGCGCGCUGGCCGGCAUGGACGUCAAGGGCGAGAAGCGCGCUAAUGCUGACCUGCUCAGAGCCAACAAGCGUGAAGUUGACUCAGUGAUGGCGGUUCUGACGGUGACCACCAACUCGAGCGCCAUGUCUGCGCGCGGCCGGGACGCCGUCAUCGAGCUGCUGCUCAAGAACUGUCCGUACAUGGCGCUGAACUGGACGGAGAACGUGCUGCAGUCGGGAGGCAUCCAGCGCCUGAUGGAGGUGGCGUCGGAGAUGGACGGCUACCGCCACGAGAGCUCCAUGAACAUCACCGCAUCCACGCGCACCACAGUCGCCGUGUGCCUCUCCAAGCUGUACGAGGACAUGUACCACGACCAGGCCAAGCAGCGGUUCGCUGACGCCGUCGAGGAUUUUGUUAAGUCCAAGCUGGUGACGCCUGACAUCGAGGGCAAGGUGCGCGUGACCUCAGCCAUCACCUGCCUCCUGCUGGGACCUAUCGACCUCGGCAAUAAGAUGCUGGCCAAGGAGGGCAUCCUCGAGAUGAUGCUGGUCAUGGCCAACACGGAUGAUCUGCUUCAGCAGCGGGUGGCGUGCGAGGCGCUGAUCGCGGCCGCUUCCAAGAAGGACAAGUGCAAGAGCAUCCUGACGCAGGGUGUCGACAUCCUGAAGCGGCUGUAUCAGUCCAAGAACGACAGUAUCCGUGUGCGCGCGCUGGUCGGACUGUGCAAGGUCGGCUCGCUGGGCGGAACUGACGCUCUGGUACGGCCGUUUGCGGACGGCAGCACCAUGAAACUGGCAGAGGCGUGCCGAAGGUUCCUGGUGAACCCCGCCAAGGACAAGGACCUGCGCAAGUGGGCCACCGAAGGCCUCUCCUACCUGACCCUGGACGCAGAGGUGAAGGAGAAGCUGAUUGAGGACCGACCGGCCCUGCACGCCAUGCUCGAGCUGGCUAAGAGUGGUGAUCACUCGGUGGUGUACGGCGUGGUGACCACGCUGGUGAACCUCACCAACAGCUACGACACACAGGAGGUGAUCCCAGAGAUGAUCGAGCUCGCCAAGUUUGCCAAACAGCACAUCCCUGAGGAGCACGAACUGGAUGACGAGGACUUUGUCAUCAAACGACACGAGGUGCUGUGCCACGAGGGAGUGACCAGCGCACUGGUGGCGCUCUCCAAGACCGAGAGCCAGAACAGCCGCGAACUUAUCGCACGAGUGUUCAACGCGCUGUGCAAGCACCAGCAGCUGCGUGGUAUGGUGGUACAGCAGGGCGGUGCACGCGCACUCAUCGGCCUGGCCCUCGAAGGCACCAAGAAGGGCAAGCAGCAGGCGGCACAGGCGCUCAGCAGGAUAGCCAUCACCAUCGACCCGGCGACGGCCUUUCCGGGACAGAGGGCGUGCGAGGUGAUUCGACCGAUCUUGUCGCUGCUCCACCCCGAGUGCCAGGCUCUGGAGAACUUCGAGGCGCUGAUGGCCCUCUGUAACCUGGCAGGAAUGAACGACACCGUCCGCAAAAGGAUCAUCAAGGAGAAGGGCGUGCCCUCCAUCGAGAGCUACAUGUACGAGGAGCACGAGAUGCUGCGCCGUGCCGCCACCCAGUGUAUCUGCAACCUGGUCUGCACGGAGGAGUACAUCAAGAUGAUGGAGGGUACGAACGACCGCGUCAAGUUCCUGGUGCUGCUGGUCGGAGAGGAAGACGUAGACACGAGCCAGGCGGCAGCCGGAGCGCUGGCUAUGGCUACCUCGGUCAGCCCGACCAUCUGUAAAAAGGUUCUGGACGUGGCCUCGUGGCACGAGAUGUUCCGUCUAAUGCUGGCCAACCCGCGUGAGGAGAUCACGCUGCGCGGCGUGGCCUGCACGCUCAACAUGCUCAGCGCCGACAAGGAGGUGGCGGAGAAAAUCGUGGAGACGGACAUCACAGAGAUCCUGAUGGCGCUGACCAAACUGCCGCCCGAGACCGAUACAAGGAAGAAGAUAAUCGACUAUGCAGAGAAGUGCCUGGCCAAGGCGGCGGAGCAUAAGCUGAUCAAGCCAGCUGACCAGGCUGGCAGCGAUGAUGAAGAGUAGCGCCCCCCCCCUCGCGGCAUACGACCCCUCGCUACUCCCCCAUCCCCGCCUUUCAGAGUGCCUGUCCAAGUGCCAAUGCCUCUUACGAGUGACCCGUGGGCCCCGCUGUAUGGUCUUCGCCGUGAUUUGAUCAGGUCUUCCCGAUAAGGGCUUGUUGCGAUGGUGCAGGGCCGACGCGUUUGCGCCCGAAAGUCUACCGAAGUUGGGCCCUCCGCGGGCAAUCGAGUGCGGUGGUGUGUCUUCCGUGUGUGCGUGUGAGUGACCCCGUAGGACGUUGCUGUCACGAGCCUGUUGUGUUUUCUAGUCAGGGCGCAAGGCGGCGCUGUUUGUUACUUCUAUACUAAUCACCGAUUUAUCAUCAAUCACCGACUCACUAAUUCGAUUUUGUUACAUAUUGUGAUGUUUUAUAAUAUACCCCGCGUUUGUA